AUGAAUGGUGUUUCGUAUUCUUGCAGCGACCUCAAAUUUGCCGCUGUUAACAGUGAAGCGUCCCUACCAGUCGCGGAUUCUGCUCUCUACCUUGGAGAAAUACCACCUUACAAACAUGAAGACGUAUCCGAGGUAAUAAGAUAUUUGAUGCACAAUGUCACCGACGAGAUGCACCGAACUCAUCACAUCUUCUGUGAAAUGGACGUCCUUCACAAAGAAGCAGAUGAUUUAGAAUGGAAAGAAAGUGCGAGAUGGGUAAAGUAUGAGGAAGAUGUUGAAGAUGGCGGUGAAAGAUGGUCAAAACCUCACGUCGCUUCCUUAUCCAUGCAUGCCUUGUUUGCAUUGAAGAAAUGUGUUUACGAAGGAGCAGUUCUUCUGGAUAUUCCCGCCAAUGACAUGCCUUCCAUAAUAGAUCGAGUGAUAAGAGCUUGGCGGGAAAACUGUGGCAUGUCUGAUCCGGAAGAACAAGAAUUGGUGCGUAAGGUUUUACUUAAGCGUCACAAACAUCUGAAUGCCAAAAGAAAGUACAGAGCAAAUCAAGAAAAACUGAGAUCUAGCAAAAGCCUUGUUGAUCAGAAUCAUGCACACUUGAGAACUGCUAAGAGCACAGGGAACUUGAAAACGUCUAGCAGCUGCAGUAGCAUAGACAGCGGAGUAACUAACGGUGAAAUUGGCGAUUUAAACUCGCAUUCGAAAGGAAAUAUGCAUUUCAUGAGAAAAAUUCCCAAGGAUUCCGAAGCAGCCAGUAUGAUGGUCGGCACAAUAGAUUCCCUUACCAAUUUCUACAUGGCAUUUGUCCGUCUUCAGAAAUCUGGUAUGAUUGGUCAACUCACAGAAGUUUCGUUGCCAACAAAAUUCUUAUUCAUUCUCCUUUCGCCGAGUGGCUAUCGAAAUGAAAUUCAAGAGAUUGGUCGAAGUAUAUCGACGAUGAUGAUUGAUGAAAUAUUUGGAGAAGUGGCGUAUAAAUGUCGCAACAAGACCGACCUUAUUGCUGGGAUAGAAGAAUUUAUGGCUCAAGGAACUGUCUUGCCCCCAGGAGAAUGGGACCCUAAAAUUAGAAUUGAACCGCCCGUUUCUGUUCCAUCUCAAGUGAGACAAACAGUCAGUGAUUUCUCAGUGUUCAUUGCAAUUAUUGUAAUGUCUGCUAUUGAUUCUUCAGUUGGCUUAGACACACCAAAACUUGUUGUCCCUUCAGAGUUCCAACCAACAGAUCCAACCAAGAGAGGUUGGGUAAUUAACCCUAUCAGCAGUAAAAACCCCUGGUGGUUAUAUAUAGCUGCAGUACUUCCAGCUCUGUUGGCGGCCAUUUUAAUUUUUCUUGAUCAACAAAUCACUAGUGUUAUCGUCAAUCGCCGAGAAAACAAAUUGAAGAAAGGAGGAGGUUACCAUCUUGACAUGCUGAUUGUAGCCAUUUUGGUAGCAAUUUGUUCUGUAUUUGGUCUGCCAUGGUAUGUAGCUGCGACUGUCUCAGCUCUUGCCCACAUCAUGAGUUUAAAGAAAGAAUCCAAAUGCAAUGCCCCAGGAGAACGGCCAACUUUCUUAGGAGUGAGAGAACAGAGAGUUACAGGAACACUUGUUGGUAUUUUAAGUGGUGUAUCUGUCCUUCUGACAUCAAUUCUUCAGAUUAUUCCUAUGCCAGUUCUAUAUGGUGUGUUCCUUUACAUGGGAAUUGUAGCUCUUUCUAUCUGUUGUAAGUGCCAUCAUGGCUCUGUUCAAUGUCCUGUACAGUCUGUUGUGAAAGUGCCAUCAUGGCUCAUUCAAUGUCCUGUACAGUCUGUUUGUAUGUGGCUCUGUUCUCUGUUCAGUCUGUCCUAA